AUGCACAUGCCUGCCACCGCUAUUGGAACUGUUGCCCUGGCUGCCGCGGCAUCUGCCCAGGAGGUGGUCCUUCAUGGGAAAGGCUUCGGUACCUACUACUAUGAUGUCCAGCAGCCACAGACUUGUGGUACCGAUCUCAGUACCCAAAAUCUAGGAAGCGUUAUGUGCAACUUCAAUUCGGCCCUGUCGCUCAACGACAUCCAUACCAACAACCUCGUAGCCAUGAGCAACCUGCCGCUGAAGACACAGGCGGGUCGCGCUCAAUUUUGUGGCAAGAGGGUUGUUGUUACGGUCAAUGGCGUGGUCUCCGGUGCACCCUUCUUCAUUGGCGAUGGUUGCGAGCGGUGUGCCCAUGGCUCCAAUUCUGUAUGGGACCCAAACGGUGCCGCCGGUCUGGACUUUUCCUACACGGCGCUGAACGCCUUGUCCCCUUUGGCUUGUCAAGAUGGGCAUAUUGAAAUUGAAUUCGACAUAGUAGAUGAGACCCUGUAUCAUUUUGAUGUUUAA